AUGAAGAAUACAACCCGAAUCGGAAUCGUUCUAGCAGUCAGCAUCGCGUUUUUUUCGGCGGAAAUAGCAGGCGCGUAUCAAAACAUUGGCUUCAAAACCAAGAGUCUUGCUUUGAUUGCAGAUGCGUUCCAUUAUUUAAAUGACAUCGUGGCCUACGCCAUUGCCUUUGCUGCAGCCUAUCUACAAGAGCGAGGCCAACAUACACACAGCUUCACGUACGCAUUUCAUCGCGCCGAGUUGGUCGGGGCGUUUUUCAAUGGAGUUUUUCUCCUGGCAUUGGCCUUGUCAAUAUGCUUACAAUCCAUAGAGCGGUUUGUCCAUGUGGAAACCGUCGAGUCGCCGAAACUUGUCCUUAUUAUUGGCUGUAUUGGUUUGGCUUUGAAUAUCUUUAGCGCAAUAGUUGUUCAUGAUCACCACGGUCAUGGUCACGGUCAUUCCACGUCAUUCACUACUGACCCUUUGGAAUUGAAAAUCACCAACCCACAGAGGGAUGCCAUGCACGCCACACAUAAUCACAGGAUCGACCCGCCAGUCAGUGCCCCGCAACAUAACCUCGGCUUGGUUGGUGUCUUGACGCAUCUUCUGGGUGAUGCUAUUAACAACAUAGGCGUCAUAAUUGCCGGAAUAAUUUUCAUAAAACUCAGUUCCCCAAAACGUUUUUACGCUGACCCCGCCGUAUCUAUGGCCAUAAGCUUCAUAAUAUUCGGAAGUGCCGUUCCGCUAACGUUGAAGUCUGGGAGAAUUCUGUUAGAAGCUUCACCAAUACACCUCGACCUUGCCAAAGUAAAGGAAGACCUACUUUCUAUUCCCGAUGUGCUCUCCGUGCAUGAUCUUCAUGUCUGGCAUCUCUCGCAGUCGGUUAUCCUUGGUUCUCUCCAUGUUUGCGUACCCCUCGGCACUUCUCUCGAACAAUGGGAACAAACAGAACGGUACUUGCAGCAUUGCUUCGAAGAAUAUGGAAUCAGCCACGUCACCAUUUCUCCGGAGAUUUAUAGAGAUUUCGAGUCUACCUCUUCUUCUGCGGAACAUACCAAAGCUGGGUGCAGGCUUCCUUCUGAAGAUGACUUCGGGUGCGUCGUCAGUGAACUAAAGAAACGAAAAACCGCAGGUGGUGCUUGA